AUGGCGUUCCAGCCCACCCCAAUGGAUGUGUCCGUCAUCAUCACCAAUGCAGCCUUGGGCAAGUCCGGGAGCUCGGAGCCCCGGUUCUUGACAGAGCGCCGUAUCACCCCAACCUGGACUGUCCUGCAGGUCAAGGGGAAGCUGGAGACCAUGACUGGAAUCCCACCUGGGAGCCAGCGCCUCCGGGUGAAGGUUCCUGGUCAUCCUGAUCAAUGGGCUGAUAGAGAUGACUGCCUCAUUGGCGAUUAUGGAUUGGUCAAGGGGACUGAAAUUGAGGUUGGUGCUGUUCUGUCUCCUGUUAAUGAUAGUCGUCCCCCUACCAUGCGGGCCAAUUUCACCGACUUGUCCAAUGUCGAGAAAUACGUGCUGCCCACUGAUGCGUACGAGGCUCGUUCAGACUCCGUGCUGGCUUGGAAGAAGAAUCAGAAGCUAGGACGAUUCGAUCCCAAUGCUCUAUCACCUGAAGAAUCAUUGCGCCACCAGGUGGAGAAGGACCAGACUGAAAUUCAAAAGCGAGAAAUCGCUGUCUCUCGACGGGCAAUUGUCUUGCCCUCAUCCCCACCGCACAUUCGUCGCGGAACUAUUCGUUUCGUGGGACCUGUACCUCAGAUUCCCGUCACGGGCCCGGGUCGGGAGUUGCAGCAAAGUGCUGAUCUUCCCGUUGACCUGCAACCUAUUUGGGUGGGCAUUGAGCUGGAUGAGCCAAUGGGUAAGAAUGAUGGCAGUGUGGGUGGCCAGCGCUACUUCGAGUGUUUCAACAACAAGGGUGUCUUUGUGAAGCCUGAGAAGGUGGAGGUUGGAGAAUUCCCCCCAUUAGGAUUAGAUGAUGAGCUGGAUGAAUUGAUGGAAGAGAUCUGA